AUGUGGAUGAGGACAACAAUGACCAUUGAAAGGUGGACUAAGGAAAAGACUGAGGACAGUGCCAGCUUCUGGGAUGAGAGCAGCGUUGAUGUUAACAGGUUACCCAGCUGGGAAAGAGGACAUCUGCUGGCUGGUGUGGCGUCUAGCACUGAUGCAUCUAUCUUCUCCUCUGAAGGCGAAUUCAAGGACACUGACAGGUGCUGCUGGAAUCACAAGCAGUGCACUGGGCAUGUCAUCCACCCCUUCACCUCUGAUUGUGAUUGUGAUCACUACAACCUGCACCUGCACUCGCUCAGCCACUGUGACUGUGACUCUAGGUGCAAAGGCUACAGGCCUAUCUCUGUGGCAGUGAUCCACCACCCCCUCCACCACGAAUUUAGAGAUGACCUAAAUGAAGAGGAGGAAGAGGAGGAAGAGGAGGAAGACAGCAUACCUCCCAUCCCUUCCCAGGUGGGGCCCACUGCCACCCCCGCCACUGACAAAGGCAUAGCAAUGGGCACCAUCACCGGCGCACCAGACUCGGCGGCUCCCAUUACCAUCUGGCGCUCGGAGAGUCCCACAGGGAAGUCCCAGGGCAGCAAGGUUAUCAAGAAGGUCAAGAAGAAAAAGGAAAAAGAGAAAGACGAGGAGGAGACAGAUGAGAAGACAAAGCUGAAGAAAAAAAUCAAGAAGGGCAAGUUGACUAAAAAGAAAAGCCCAGUUAAAUCGGAAUCUUCACCUCCAGACUUGAGCAGAUCAUUAAGCCCAAGGGAGCUGGUCAGGCUGUCAGAAUCCAGCCCAGACAGCCGGGAAGACCUGGAGAGUGAGGACAGUUACAAUGACCCCAGGCAGGAGCAGCCCUCCAGCGAGGAUAUUGUGGAGUCAUCACCCAGAAAGAGAGAGAAGAACUCGGGCCAGUGCAAGAAACUUGGGGCAAAACCCUCUCCAAUCAAGAAGGUCAACAAGAGGAAAUCCCCCCCAGUAUCCAACCCCAAUCUCAGUUGA